GCCGGGCGUGGCCGCCCCCCGCGGCUCCAGGUGCCGCCGCCUCCCGCCCGCCAUUGUGCGCGGCCGCGCCCCGCUCGGCGGCAGUGGGCGGGCGGCCUCCGUCCCUCUCCCUCCUUCCCUUCCCUUCCCUUCUCCUCCUCCGCCCUCCCGCCCGGCCCGACGCCCCGACAGUCGCCGAGCCUGCGGUCGCGGGAGGCGCCGGCAUGGAGGGCGACGGGCUGGAGCCCGAGGUUGCCACAAAGAGUAUUGAAAGAGAGCUCAUCUGCCCAGCAUGCAAGGAAUUGUUCACUCACCCGCUGAUCCUUCCAUGUCAGCACAAUGUCUGUCACAAAUGCGUGAAAGAAAUACUCUUCACAGUUGAAGACUCUUUUGCUGAUGGGGGUUCUGAAUCCUCUAAUCAGAGCAGCCCUCGAAUUCGAAUCUCAUCUCCUAGCAUGGAUAGGAUUGACAGGAUUAGUAGAUCAGGAUUUGCUGUCUACACAGGCAGAAAACGCAAUUCACUGACUCCUAGAACAACUAUGUUUCCUUGUCCUGGCUGUCAGCAUGACAUUGAUCUUGGAGAACGUGGCAUCAAUGGCUUGUUUCGCAAUUUUACGUUGGAAACCAUUGUGGAAAGACACAGGCAGGCAGCCAGGGCAGCCAUAGCUAUCAUGUGUGACUUCUGCAAACCUCCACCUCAAGAAUCCACGAAGAGCUGCAUGGACUGCAGUGCAAGCUAUUGCAACGAGUGUUUCAAAGUACACCACCCUUGGGGAACUGUGAAGGCCCAGCACGAGUAUGUCGGACCAACCACCAAUUUCAGACCCAAGAUUUUAAUGUGCCCGGAACAUGAAAUGGAAAGAGUAAACAUGUACUGUGAAAUCUGCAGAAGGCCUGUCUGUCAUCUUUGUAAACUGGGUGGAUCUCAUGCAAACCACAGGGUAACAACGAUGAGCACUGCCUAUAAAACACUGAAGGAAAAGCUUUCAAAAGAUAUAGAGUAUCUCAUCAGUAAGGAGAGCCAGGUGAAAGCUCACAUUUCACAGCUGGGUCUGCUGCUGAAAGAAACAGAGUGCAAGGGGGAAAGAGCUAAAGAAGAGGCAUCUCAGAGUUUUGAGAAAUUAAUUCAUGUUCUGGAGGAGAAGAAAUCUGCAGCUCUUCGGGCAAUUGAUGCAUCUAAGAAUUUAAGACUGGACAAAUUGAGAACCCAGGCAGAAGAAUAUCAAGGUCUCCUGGAAAAUAGUGGCCUCGUGGGAUAUGCUCAAGAAGUACUUAAAGAAACAGAUCAGUCCUGUUUUGUUCAAACAGCAAAACAACUUCAUGUCAGAAUCCAAAAAGCUACUGAAUCUCUGAAGAGCUUCAGACCAGCAGCUGAAUCUUCUUUUGAAGACUUUGUGGUGGACACUGCCAAGCAAGAACAGAUCCUUGGCGACUUGUCCUUCUAUUCCAAUGGUCUGGAAAUACCAGAAAUCAAUGAAGAGCAGAGCAGAAUAUACAACAAAGCUGUGAUCAGUUGGGAAUCCCCUGGGAAGACAGACUCAGCUGAUAUCUAUGUUCUUGAGUAUCGUAAGUUUAACAGAGAAGAGGAGAAUGUGAUGUGGCAGGAGAUCGAAGUUUGCAGCAAGAGCAAAGUCAUAUCUGAUCUUGAUGACGACAGCAGCUAUGCUUUUAGAGUUCGAGGAUAUAAAGGGUCCAUCUGUAGCCCUUGGAGCAAAGAAGUUAUUUUGCAUACACCUCCCGCUCCAGUUUUUAGCUUUCUUUUUGAUGACAAGUGUGGGUACAACAGUGAACGUCUGCUGCUCAACCCAAGAAGAACUGCUGUGGAAAGUAGAGCUGGAUUUCCUCUACUGCUAGGAGCUGAACGCAUACAGGUUGGAUGCUACACAACUCUGGAUUACAUCAUUGGUGACACUGGGAUUGCCAAAGGGAAGCACUUCUGGGCCUUUCGUGUGGAAGCCUAUUCCUACCUGGUGAAAGUGGGAGUUGUUUCUAGCGCCAAAAUACAGAAAUUGUUCCAUAAUACCCAUGAUGUGACCAGCCCGAGGUAUGAACAAGACAGCGGCCAUGACAGUGGGAGUGAGGAUGCCUGCUUUGACUCAUCACAGCCUUUCACGCUGGUCACUUUGGGCAUGAAGAAGUUCUUCAUCCCCAAGGCUGCUGCUGACCCCAAGGAUGCAGCGAGCAGAGUCCUCCCUCUGCCCUCUUGCCUGGGGAUCUGCCUUGACUGUGACAACGGCAAGGUGGGUUUCUAUGAUGCUGGCCGCAUGAAAUGCCUCUACGAGUGCGAGGUGGACUGCUCGGGCAUAAUGUACCCAGCGUUUGCCUUAAUGGGUAGCGCAGCAAUUCAUCUUGAGGAAGCCAUCGCAACAAAGUACUUGGAGUACCAAGAUGACCUAUAGGGUGGUGAUCUCCUCCUGUUGCUGUUUUGAGAUGGAAAAUGAGAACAGAGGUGUCCUACCCUAGUUUUCAGUCCUGAUUAAUUACAUUAUACCUAAGUGCUGCACACAAGCCUUUGGGUCAUGUUUUUGUGUUUGUUUUUUUUGUGCUUUUUUUUUUUUUUUUCAAACAAAUGAUCCAGACACUUCCACCAGUAGGAGAUGUUCUUCCAGGAGCACUCCUGCCUUCCUUGUGACCUGUGCAAUGCUGAUCUCCACAGACUUUCCUCCCAGGGGGAGGUGAGGAGGAAGCUCAGCUAGCAACCAAAAUCACUUGUCAGGGUGGAAAUCUGCCUUUUAUGUAACUUAAGUCCUUACACAGUCAACUUUGCAUUUAACAAAGUCAAAGCUGACAAUGUGUGAUUGCCAUUAUUCUUUUAAGAAAUCUGCCUGAGUGCAUCUGAGGGGUGAAAUGGUUUCUUACUAACCAAUGAGCACCCUGGAGGUGGUUCUUUGAGCACUCUAUAACUCUUGCACAAAUACAAUACAAAGCAGUGAGAAAUGAGAAUUGCAGUUGAACAUUUAGGCUGUAUUUGGAAGGAGGAGAUUAAACUAGAAACUGUAUUUCAUAUAUGUUUAAUGUGACUGUAAGCUGAAACUCUAGUUCUGACACCUGUUGUGUAGUUGGUGGUAUAAUGGUAAGUUUCUGUACUCUUCCAGGUUUUUAGUGUAGGCAACAUAAAAUAUAUAAAGUGCAAUUUGACCUUAAACAGACUUUAGAGUCCAAAAUCAGAAGUAUUUGCAUGUGUGAGUAAUAGUAACCUGGUAUUUAGGGCAAAAGCAAACGACUUAUUGACAUGACUAAUAACAUGCAAACUUUUAAAAAUUCAGGUACUUCUGUUAAUGUGUUUCUAAGUUAAAUUUUUAGUCUAGUAUUGGCUUGUUUUUAGUAAUAAUCAUAAAAAUGCACUGAUUAAGUUUUGAGACUCAAUUUCUGCCUUAAAGGAUGUUUCUGUUCAAAUUUCUGUUCUUGUGUUUAAAAACUGUAUCAUGAAGUAGUGCUUGCACCUGUUUGGAAGUAAUCUGUGUAAACAAAAACCAAACAGAUGAGUACUUGCACUGCUAAUUUGCAUUGUGGAAAAAUAACUUCUAAAGUGAAGGAUGUUUCUAAUACACACUUGGUGCUUUCUGAAUUGGGGAUAUAAUGUCGCAUCUUGAUGAAUGUGUGUGAAGUAUGCUUACUAAGUACCUGUAUAUAGCUGUAGAGCAAUGAACUGGGACCUGAAAAUCACAGUACACUUAAAUGAAUGUAAGUCGUAGUGCAAAACCUUAGCUGUGCUUUGCUGUCUGAACUGCUGUGCUGACGAGUCUGCCAUGCUCAGUGUCCUCUCUCCUAAGGCUCCAUCCAGUGACCACUGUCAGAAAAAAACGGCAGAAAGGAAAACUGGUGGAAGGUGAAUACGACAGCUCUUUGGGGGCUAGAAACGCUCAGCAAGGGCAACCUCUUGUGUGUGUCUCACCACAAACAUUUUCUGCCUUAUUAACGCCGUGUAGAAGUAAAUUCUAGAGCUUUUUGCCUGCUGAUGUGAGAAACACUUUGAUACCUCAGGCAGCAGUGCUGAAGCAAUGGGUGUCUCGUGGAACUUUCUCCUGAAGGAGAAAUGGCCAAUUGUCCCUCAGUCGU